AUGUCUACAUUAGAAGAAUUAGAAAACCAACAAGAUGACAGUAUAGAUCAAGAAAUUUUGCAGUCUUCGACGUCAGAUAUUAUGAACAGAACCAGAUUAUUGGAUAAUGAUAUCAAGGUGAUGAGAUCGGAGUCCCAAAGAUUGACACAUGAAAAAACAGUUAUGUUGGAAAGAAUCAAGGACAACCAGGAAAAAAUCAAUAAUAAUAAGCAAUUACCAUAUUUGGUCGGGAAUGUUGUUGAAUUAUUAGAUUUGAGUGCCGAAAAGGAGGCCACUGAACAAGGAGCCAAUGUGGAUUUGGAUGCCACGAGAUCAGGGAAAUCGGCAGUGAUUAAGACAUCGACCAGACAAACGAUUUUCUUGCCAUUGAUUGGGUUGGUUGAUCCGGCCAAUUUGAAGCCAAAUGAUCUUAUUGGAGUGAACAAGGAUUCAUACUUGAUUUUGGACACAUUACCUUCCGAAUAUGAUUCGAGGGUGAAGGCUAUGGAAGUUGACGAAAAGCCGACUGAAGAUUACUCUGAUAUUGGUGGGUUGGACAAACAAAUUGAAGAGUUGAUUGAAGCGGUGGUGUUACCUAUGAAACAGGCAGACAAAUUCAAAAACUUGGGAAUUAAACCUCCAAAAGGUGCCUUGAUGUACGGACCACCAGGUACCGGUAAAACAUUAUUAGCAAGAGCCUGUGCAGCCCAAUCUGGAGCAACCUUCUUGAAGUUAGCGGCUCCUCAAUUGGUGCAAAUGUUUAUUGGGGACGGUGCCAAAUUGGUUCGUGAUGCAUUCGCCUUAGCUAAGGAGAAAGCACCAACAAUCAUAUUCAUUGAUGAAUUGGAUGCAAUCGGUACUAAGAGAUUCGAUUCCGAUAAGAGUGGUGACAGGGAAGUGCAAAGAACUAUGUUGGAACUUUUAAAUCAAUUAGAUGGUUUUGGUUCUGACGACAGAGUUAAGGUCUUGGCCGCCACUAACAGAGUCGAUACAUUAGAUCCUGCAUUGUUGAGAUCGGGUAGAUUGGAUAGAAAGAUAGAAUUCCCAUUACCAUCAGAAGAAGCCAGAGAAUCCGUGUUGAAGAUUCACGCCAGAAAAUUAAACUGUGACAAUUCUUCGGUCAACUGGAGAGAAUUGGCCAGAUCUACAGAUGAGUUCAAUGGUGCUCAAUUGAAAGCUGUCACCGUGGAAGCAGGUAUGAUUGCCUUGAGAAAUGGUAAAUCAAUCAUAAAGCAUGAAGACUUCGUCGAAGCCAUAGGUGAAGUCCAAGCCAGAAAAUCAAAAUCGGUUAACUUCUAUGCUUAG